UGUGUGUUUCGAAAAUAGACUGACGUCAGUUUUAGUUUCACUUUCGGCUUUGUGCGGUCGCCCUGGUUUUCAUGCAGUGAAAAUUUUGCCGACAGAAAAAGUUUUCCUCCUUUUUUUCUGUUUUUAGUGUGACUGUUUUUUUUUUUUUGAAAGAGACCGAUUGUUUCCAAUUAAACUCAAUCCGAAUACAAAAGUAAUUUUCUUGUUUUGAAAUGGGUCGUUUCUCCGAGCAAAAUGAGUCGAGUGGAUUCAUUAAGGAAAUUUACCAAAAACUACAGAGCGGCUUGAAUGCGGAACAAGUGAAAAACUUUGCAAACUUAGAAGACGAUGAAGCUCGUUACAAUUUCGUAUCACAACAGCCAAGCAUCAAGGAAUUUCAAGUGACACUCUACAGUAAAUCGAUAAAAAAUGCUGAUUUUGCACUGGAAUUCAAACUGAAAGGCAAUCGAGCGUUUCAACAAAAAAAUUGGCUCGCCUCACUCGAUUUCUACAACAAAGGAUUGUUGCUGUUGCCAUCGGAAAACGAUGAAGAUUUUUCGAUUCUGUUGGCCAAUCGAUCGGCCGCACUUUAUCACAUGGAAAAAUUCGAUCAUGCACUGCAAGACAUUGAAUUGGCUGAGGAAAAUUAUCCAGUCACAAUGUUGUACAAACUCAAGGAACGUACGGCUCGCUGUUAUCUGGCGAAGAAGUGCUAUGAGAAGGCGUUGGAUGCAUUCAAAGAAACCGUAACGCAUUUGGACAACUCAAAAUUACCAAUGGAAAAGCGUGGAAAACUGGAAAAGGAUGCACAGAUCAUGAUCAAAAUGCUGCCGCAGCAAGUGGAGUUUGAAAAGAAAAUGAAAAGUGCCAGCACACAGAUGCCCACAUCGACAAUAUCACCGACGAAAUUGAAUAAAUCGGUUAUAUUCGACCAGAACGAACAGGAAGGUCGUUUCACGAAAACCAUUCGCGAUAUGAAAAUUGGCGAAGAAGUUUUGGUUGAGCAAGCUCUUUGCGCUACACUCUUCGAACGUUUCUCCAAAUCGCAUUGCCAACACUGCUUUGCACGAUCGAUAACACCAUUGCCGUGUCCAACCUGUAUCGAUGUGGUGUUUUGUUCGAAAAAUUGCCGAAACACAGCGAUUUACGGCUAUCACAAGUUCGAAUGCGGCAUGCUAGAAACCAUCUGGAAUUCCGGUUCAUCGAUCAACUGUCAAAUGGCGAUGCGUUUGAUUUCUCAACGGCCGCUCUCGUACUGGCGCAACAUUCGAAAGGAGUUGAAAGAUAACUUGAGUAUCGAUGAGAUCAAAAACUUGCCAUCGCAUGACUAUCGUCGCGUGUAUUGUAUGGUUCGGCAUGAAAAGCAACGGCCGACGUAUAGUUUCCUGGAGUAUGCGUUCAUGGCAUCGUUUUUGGUGAAAUUUUUAGCAGCGAACCAUUUCUUUGACAGUGGCAAAACAGAGGAUUUGUGCACCGAGGAUGAGGUUUUCAUCGGCGGUUUGAUUCUACGCAAUUUGCAAAUUCUUCAAUUCAAUUCGCACGAAAUUUUCGAUUUGCUGAAGUCGAACAAAACGGGAGCUAGACAAACGGUUGCAAUUGGUGCUGGACUCUAUACAACAUUGGCACUCUUCAAUCACUCGUGCAAUCCAAGCAUUGUUCGGUACUUCAAAAACACUGCCGCGCACGUGAUUGCUAUUCGGAAUCUAAAAUCGGGUGAGCAAAUCUCUGAGAACUACGGGCCGCUUUACAGCCAGAAUACGAGAGAAGAGCGACAGAAGAAGCUAAAGGAUUUCUAUUGGUUUGACUGUGCAUGUGAGGCUUGUGAGAAAAAUUGGCCGAUCUUUGGCGAUAUGAACACAAAUGAAAUUCGUUUCAAAUGCAAUGGCAAAAAGCCGUGUAACAAUGUCAUACCAGUACCAGCCGAUUGCAAUGAAUUCAUAAUCCAGUGCAUUCAAUGUGGUGAAUUCACGAAUAUUUUGAAGGGAUUGAAAUUGGUUCAAGACACGGAAAUUCUGGAAAAAACUGCUCAACGUCUAUUCAACGAGGGCAAUACCGAUGAAGCGCUGAAAAAAUACAUCGAAAUGAUGAACAUAUUCGACGAAGUGAUCGCACCACCGUUCCAAGACUAUUGCAAAUGCCAACAAGCGAUCAAAGAGUGUCUACUUGAAUAUGGAAAUCGAAUUCAAGUGGAAUAAACCAAUCGAAUUUUGAAAUUUUCCUUUGAAGGGAGACAAAAUACAAUUUUUGUAAAAAUUACCAAAAUUUAAAGCUUUGAAUCACAUCUGAAAAUCCAAAAAGCAAUAGAAAAAAACAACUCACAAUCAAUUACAUUAGAAACAUACAAUUUUAAUUCAAAGAGUUUUAUACUUAAAUUUAAAUUCAUUCAAAAAUAUAUCAAUUUUUCUUGGGUCGCCACGCAGCGCCUUUUUCAAAUAUAUCCAUCAAUUCUAUGUUGCAAACACUUUUUAUUUAAAAUAACGUUUUUAUUUGGAUUUUUUCUUUUUUCAUAAAUACAAAUUUGAAAUUUUAACAACUAAAA